AUGACUGGAGUCUUUGACAGUCUGGUGGCUGAUAUGCACUCGACCCAGAUCACGGCCUCCAGCACGUACCACCAGCACCAGCAGCCCCCAAGCGGCGGCGGCGCUGGCCCCGGCGGCAGCAACGGCAGCAGCCUCCACAAGCCCCAGGAGUCGCCCACACUGCCGGUAUCCACAGCUACCGAUAGCAGCUACUACACCAACCAGCAGCACCCGGCGGGCGGCGGCGGCGGCAGUGGGGGCUCGCCCUACGCGCACAUGGGCUCCUACCAGUACCACGCCGGCGGCCUCAACAACGUCCCUUAUUCCGCCAAGAGCAGCUACGACCUGGGCUACACCGCCGCCUACACCUCGUACGCACCCUACGGGACCAGUUCUUCCCCGGCCAACAAUGAACCUGAGAAAGAGGACCUCGAGCCUGAAAUUCGGAUAGUGAAUGGGAAGCCAAAGAAAGUCCGGAAACCCCGCACCAUCUACUCCAGUUUCCAGCUGGCGGCUCUUCAGAGGCGUUUCCAAAAGACUCAGUACCUGGCACUCCCCGAGCGAGCGGAGCUGGCGGCGUCUCUGGGCCUCACCCAGACUCAGGUCAAAAUCUGGUUCCAGAACCGCCGGUCCAAGUUCAAGAAGAUGUGGAAAAGCGGGGAGAUCCCUACGGAACAGCACCCUGGGGCCAGCACGUCGCCACCUUGUGCUUCGCCGCCCGUGUCGGCGCCGGCCUCCUGGGACUUCAGCGCGCCGCCCCGGAUGGGGAGCGGUGGCGGCCCCGGCAGCGGCGGCAGCGGCGCCGGCAGCUCGGGCUCCAGCCCGAGCAGCGCGGCCUCGGCCUUCCUGGGAAACUACCCGUGGUACCACCAGGCCUCGGGCCCUGCCUCACACCUGCAGGCCGCCGCGCCCCUGCUGCACCCAACGCAGACCCCGCAGCCGCACCAUCACCACCACCACCACCACCACCACGGCGGCGGGGGCGCCCCGGUGAGCGCGGGGACGAUUUUCUAA